CACCAGGGAAGCCCGAGGAAAUAGGAUUUUAAGAAAUGUUACUGUGUUGUACGAAUUCAGUCUCCCUCUUUGGUGCCACGGGCGAUCAGGACCCACCUGGAGUUUUGGUGUCUGGACUUGAAGGACAACAUGGUAUAUGUGAAGAUCAUGCUGGAGAUCUGCAGAAACACUUUAAUCUCAUUACCAUGCAAGAAUUUUUAGAAAAUAAAACACAGCUGGGUCCAAAGACCCAAGCCGUGUACGUCUGGGGCGGAAGGCCGGCCGUUAGCCAGGAGCUGCUGCACAGCCUGCCCUCCUUGAAGAUCGUUGCCGGCGUAGGGGCGGGGCUGGACCACCUGCACCCGGGACUUGUUGCCAGCUUUGGUGUGAAGGCGGCCAACACGCCACACGCCGUUUCCAACCCCACAGCAGACCUGGGGAUGGCCUUGCUGCUGGCCGCAGCUCAGAGAGUCGUGGAAGGUCAUCAGUUGGCUAUUUCGCCACAUACGGAGAACUUUUCUACAAACUGGAUGGGUUAAGAAGUGACAGGGACCAUUCUGGGAAUUAUGGGCGUGGGGAGCAUUGGCUAUAAGAUCGCUCAGAGGGCCAGAGCAUGUGAAAUGGAGAUUCUCUACCACAACAGGAAACACAGAAAAUCGGAGGAGGAGGAAGACAUUGGGGCCACUUACUGUGAGAGGCUGGAUGACCUGCUUCAGCGAUCGGACUUUGUGAUGUUGGCUGUGGGCCUGACGCCCCAGGCCCGGGGCCUGAUCGGGAGGCGCGAGCUGAGUGGCCUGGAGCCCACCGCCAUUCUCAACAUCGGCAGAGGUCUGUUAGUUGAUCAAGACGCCCCGGUGGAAGCCCUUCAGACUGGGGUCAUUAAAGCAGCAGCGCUGGAUGUGACGAACCCAGAACCCCUGCCCAGAGAUCAUCCUUUGUUGGAGUUGAAGAACAUCACUCUGACACCUCACGUUGGAACUGCACUAACUCAUCAAGCAAGACGACAGACAAUGGAAAAUUUGGUUGAAAGCAUCCUGGCUUCUCUCAAUGGCCUUCCUAUUCAUAAUGAAGUGCUAUUUAAAUGACU